UUAGACACUCGCCGAGCCGCAGACACGACUGACCGACCGACCGAGCGCGAUCGCCGUCGCAGCUCCUCGCUAUAUAUAUAUCUAUACACACACACACACACACGCACACACGGCACUCUCGCUCUCGCUCGAAAUAUCCGCAUAAGUACAGAGUAUAAUCGACGCGUUUGAAUUUCGCGCGCGCGCGCUCUACCGAGUAUAAUACUUGUGUGCCGCCGAUUGUGCGAGAGAUCGAGAGAGAGAGAGAGAGAGAGAGAGAGAGAGAUUGUGCUCAGUGACAUAAGAGGAGAUAGAUCGUCGUAACACACCGACGACCAUGGCGCAGCUGAUAAGCGUCAAGCUGUCCCGCUUCGACGGAUCACCCUGGGGAUUCAGGCUCCAGGGCGGCAAGGACUUUGGAACGCCGCUGAUCGUGCAAAAGGUGAACAACGGAUCGCCGGCCGAAGCAGCUGGUCUGCGCGCGGGCGACGCCGUAAUCCGAGUCAACAGUACCGACAUGUUCAACCUGAGACACAAGGACGCGCAGGACGUGAUCGUCAGGGCCGGCAACAACUUCGAGCUGACCGUGCAGAGAGGCGGCAGCACGUGGAGGCCGAGCGUAUCUCCGGUGACGGCCUCGAUCCCGUCCCCGCAGCCAACGGCCCCAGCCAGCAGCAUAUCCCCGGUCACCAAGACUUCCCUGGCCGCCAAGAAGCAGGAGGUCCACCUGAUCGGCAGCGGGCACAACUUCAGCCCCAAGCCAUUCCUGAACGGAACGAGCGACGGCACCGUCAAGUCGAUCGUCAACAAACAGUACAACAGCCCGGUCGGUAUCUACAGCGAGGAGACCAUUGCCGAGACCCUGUCGGCCCAGGCCGAGGUCCUCGCCGGAGGUGUUCUCGGAGUGAACUUCAAGAAGAACGAGAAGAACUACAACGCGCAGAACAGCGAGGUCUUCAAGAUGGUCCAGGAAGCCGACAAGGAGCCGAGAACUCCCGAGCCCGUACCGGCGCGCACGGAGUUCUAUUCGUCGGUGAGCCACGCGGUCGGCGGCAGGUCGACCUCGCCCAGGUCGCCGACGCCCCUCAGCGCCGAGCUCGGCAUCACCCAGCCACCGGUGUACCCCACACGACCCGCCCAGAAGCUCGUCCAGCAGCAGCAGCAGCAGCCAGCUACUAGGAACGCUGCUCCUCGUCCCGACGGCGUCGUCAUCUGCAGCAACUGCGACAGCGCGAUCGUUGGCGUCUUCGUCAGAAUAAAGGAGAAGAACCUCCACGUCGAGUGCUUCAAAUGCUCGACCUGCGGAACUUCGCUGAAGAACGUCGGCUACUACAACAUCAACAACAAACUCUACUGCGACAUCCACGCCAAGCUCGUAGCCAGGCAAAACGCCCCCGCUGGAAUGGUACCAGUCACCGUUGGACCAGGACAGAAAGCUCCGGCCAACACGAUCUCCGCGGCUCUGUCGAACGUCGGACCGCUGUCGCCUGCGCUCAGCAAUCACGGAAGCUCGUCGCCUCAAUCCUUCUCGACGAGCUAUGCCCGAGCCUACAGUCCGGACACUCGUUACCGAAACGCCUACAACAACGGCUUCAGCAGCGGCAGCAGCAUCAAUAACGGCUACGAGCAACAGCGGCCCGAGUCGAACAACAGCUACGAUAACUCGAACGGCUACGAGUCGUCGAAAACCUACACGAGCACCCUGACCAUCCAGACGAGCCAACAGCAGCAGCAGCAGCAGCAGCAGAACAACGGACAGGACACUCGGGAGAAGCUGCAGCAAUCGCCCGAGCUUGACUAUAAUCGAAAUCCUACUAACGAUCAAUUUAACAAUUUGGACAACAAGCUUCACAAGCUCACCGACGACAUUCGCGAUUUCGCUUUCGACGAGCAGAAACAGCAGAGCAAACUGCUCACCGGCAAGGACUACUGCGACGCGAAUACCGUCCAGAAGCCGAUGCUGCUCAGGGCCUUCAAGGCACCAACGAACAACCUCGCCGGCCCCAAGCCCUUCAUCGGCUCCAGCCUCUCGAACCAGAACUACUCGUCAUCGCCUAUUAUUAACACCGGAAACAGCACUCUGCCCCGGCCCCAGAAUCAGUCCGUAACUGGUCGUUUCUCUACCCUGCCAAAGCCGAUAAGCUCUCCUUUCAAAGGUGCUGGUAGCUGCGGAUUAGGAGGCGGCAACAAGGGCGGCACCUUCGCCGGCAGCAGCGCCCCCAACCGCGGUCGGGGCAUACUCAACCAGGCUGGUUCCGGAUUGCGUGUCCCACUUUGUGCGGCCUGCAAUUCCCAAGUCAGGGGUCCAUUCAUUUCCGCAUUGGGACAGAUCUGGUGCCCCGAGCACUUCGUCUGCGUGAACCCGCAGUGCCGCCGCGGCCUCCAGGAUAUCGGCUUCGUCGAGGAGAAGGGCCAGCUCUACUGCGAAUACUGUUUCGAACGAUUCAUUGCCCCAUCGUGUAACAAGUGCAAUAACAAAAUCAAAGGAGAUUGUUUGAACGCCAUCGGCAAACACUUCCAUCCUGAAUGUUUCAACUGCGCUCACUGCGGCAAACACUUUGGCAACAGUCCUUUCUUCCUCGAAGAGGGACUUCCGUAUUGCGAAAGAGAUUGGAAUGACCUCUUCACGACGAAAUGCUUCGCCUGCGGCUUCCCGGUAGAGGCUGGAGACCGUUGGGUAGAAGCCCUCAAUAACAACUACCACAGUCAAUGCUUCAACUGCACGAUGUGCAAAAAGAAUCUUGAGGGACAGAGCUUUUACGCGAAGGGUGGUCGCCCCUUCUGCAAAAACCACGCGCGCUAGAUAUACCACAUAGAGAUGAAUCUUACGAAGAAUACAUAACGUUCUACAAUCGAACUACGCAACAAGCAUCGAGUAUGGAUAUUAUUAUACGAAAAGAAGAAAAAAAAAGCCGCACACGCACUCAUCGAAUUAUUAACUAUCCACAUAAGCUUACUUGUAAUGUAGAUAAGAGAAUGUUAUGAAAAUUAUAUAUUUAAUUAUACGAGCUGCGACGGACCGUCGCAGCGAGACGCGAUUGAAACUUUCUCGACUUUCGUCCUGAUACAUUUAACGCCGUUAUUUUCUCCGUCUCUCUGAAUUCGUUAGAGAGAUAUCCGCGAGAGACGCGCUAAUGUAUAUUCUUCACUAUACGAAUACUGUAAUUUCGCUAUAUCUAGGGAAUUUUAUCACUAACCCGCAAAAAGUGGCAAAUAAUAAUAAUAAUAAUAAUAAUAAUAAUAAUAAUAAUGAUAUACGAUGAAAUAUUAUAUACCAAAAAGUAAAGUAUAAGGGAGGGGUAUAUUUUGCCAUUUUUUUCCGCGUACGGAUUCCGCAAACGCUCGUGCCUCCUCGAGGAUCUACUACUGUUCCGUGACUCGAGCUGCUUAUUUCCCGGCAAUUGAUUUUCCUCGAGUGCGCGUACUUGCUUUUGAAAAACAAAAGCUUAUAUACUCGACGAGGCUACGAUCGUUCGCAUUUUGCGAAUUAAAAAAAAAAAAAAGAGCUAAGAGCGAGCUUGACUAAUGAAAAGGACGUGCGAUAUAUAAGAUACCACUUUACUUGAACAAGCGCGUAUAUGUAACAAUUAUUUUUCUGCAGAACUUUCAGCGAGAGAUCGAUCGGUAUGUUUGUAGCGCGUCUUCGCGCUGUGUGUACAAGUGUACAAUAGCGUCGCCGCGUCCUGUGCUCUUUUGACGCGCACCGACGGUCCAACGAUUCCGAAGACGCGACUACAGCCCCGACUUUAUAUACAGUUGCCAUAUAUUUUUCCGUGCCAUCUCUCCGAUCGAUUAACUAAUUAUUGUACACGGACACACGCGAGGGUGUCGUGAUGCGACCGUCGUCUAUGUAAUAAACAAAAUUUUUGAUCAGUAGCUUGUGCGAAAGCGCCUGUAUGAGAGAGUGAGCGUGUCUGAAAGUGAGGAGUUUUUAAUAAUGGACCCUGCGAAAACUGGUUUUUUGCUAUUAUAAUAAUGUAUGCUUCGGUUUUAAGCGAUAUUAUUGUACGCGACAAAAAUUACAAAAAAAUAAAUAAAUAAAUAAAUAAAUUUGCUCCUUCGAAAAAUAUCUUUAAAGUUCUGUUCUCUACAGCUGCACCAUCGCGCUCUUGUCGCGUAUUCGAUGUGCAUUUUUUAUAUCUGGGCUUUUGUACUUUAAUCGUAUUUUUUGAGGAAUUGAUCGUUUAUUGACAAAGGAAGAAAAUUAUAUCAUACGUAUGUAUAGUUGCGUCGCGUGCGGCGUUAAACGGAGCCUGCGCGUCCGUCUUUUGUGUUGCUUAAAAUAAAGUUAAUUACGAUA